AUGCCAUACAUCGCACCGGGGAGUAUGCAAGUACAACCUAUAGCGGUACCGAUCAGCAAGGUCCAUCAACUCGCAGAAGGUAAAGUAUCAUCUACAUCCAACGACGACGUGUCGACACCCAAACCAUCUGAUUCAUCAAGCGAUUUAUCCCAACCUACCGAUCUUAUCUCAACAGCAGAAUCUGAUUCGAAUGGAUUAUCGCUCGAUUCUUUGACAUCACAAUUAGCUUCUUCAUCCAUACAUUCGACUUCUUCAACACCUCCUUUGGAAGAAUCGAGUAGAUCUCAACAUCAAUCGUCACCUGCGGCUUCAUCGGUCGUUAGCUUACCAGAACAAGGAGAUGGAUAUUUGGAUGAGGUGAAAACUCCUAAAUCGGAUACGAGUCUGAAGAGACUGGCGGAUGACGAGGAGGAGGAAGGGAAGAAGGUAGCUGGUGAAUUGCAGACACAAGCUGCUGUCACUCAGGAAAUGGAAAAUGACGCGUUGGCAGCGUAUAGAGAAAGGUUGUAUGCGUAUACCCACUCCCUCUGGAUCCAAGCGAAACUAUCAUCUUCCCGAGCAGAACGUAGAAGACAGAGUGUGUCGAUUCAUGGAUUUACCAACAAGCAAAGUGGGAUGGAGAAGAUGGCUGCUAAGAAAGCACUCGCUAAACGACUCAAUGGAUAA